AUGGGCGGCAUUGCGAAAUAUUACGCGGACAAGUUUGACUCAUCGAAGGACGCUCUGACUAUGAGUCGGCCCGCCAAGAGGGACACGUCAAAAGUUACUGUUACGCCGGAAAACGACUCCUUCGCCGGGUGGCACAGUUUCCGAAUUGACGCGACCAACUUUCGCAACACAAUCGCAACACCGGACCGUACAAAAGAGCGCGGCGACUCGCCGCGGCGCGAAGUUCGCGACGAGCGAGCGCUGGGACGGUAUCUCGAACUCAGUGACGCGCAGUCCGUCCGCUCGGCAGCACACGAGCUCGGCGAUCUCGCGACGACACUCACCGACGGAGCGGCGUUCACGAUGCGGGACCCAUGCUUCCUACUGUUCUUUCUGACGGGAUUCGUGAGUACAUAUAAGCAGUGCGGCAUGCCGGGUGGCAACUUGGGCGAGUGCAGACUCCUGAAGGAGUGCAAGCCGCUGUAUGAGCUGAACAGGAAGAGGGGCAAGACGGAGCACGAGUUGCUGUACCUCAGGCAGUCGCAGUGCGGUACCACGUCCAGUUUUCAAAUCCUGUUUUGCUGUCCACUUGAACCGCUGUGGGGCAACUUCAAAGAUUUCAAGCCCGUUCUGUUCAAUGAAAUAAUCAAUUAUGACACAGUGUUAAAAGAGAAAGUGAGUACAAACGAUAAAAAACCUAAUACAAAUAGCGAUAUCGAUUUCCGUAACACGAAUGAAGAGAGGAACGAUACGACCACGCGACCUAAAGAAAACCCAUCAGCGGCAAUAACGGAAUGUGGAAAAGACUACUCAAAUCCUAAUAGGAUAAUAGGUGGAGGACCCACGGCCAUCGACCAAUAUCCGUGGCUCGUUUUGCUGGAAUACGAAAACCUGACGACAUUGUGCGGUGGCAGUCUUAUUACAACGAGAUAUGUUUUGACCGCUGCACAUUGUAUUAGGCGAGCCGUUCCACCCAAAUUCGCGCGGCUGGCGGAAUACAACACUACGUCAUUCCCGACAGAUUACGUUGAGGUGGACGGUGGCGGUAUGGACGAAAUAACUGUCGACAGGGUGCCCAUUGAGAAGAGCAUAGCGCACCCCAACUACUCCAGAGCUCACCUGCACCACGAUAUUGGGCUGUCGAAACUUUCGAGGGACGCAGAAUUAGGAGACUUCAUCAGACUCAUAUGCCUGCCGACGGAGGACUUCAUGAGGGGUUUCCGGGAGCCGAUGAACUUCACGGUCGCCGGCUGGGGCAACGACGGCGUCAAGAGCAGCGAGGUGAAGAAGCACGUCAAGGUGCCGUACGUGGAGACGCAGAAAUGCCAAAUGUUCUACGCGCUGAGGAGGAUAACGGACGGCCAGAUCUGCGCCGGCGGCAAUCUAAACGAGGACUCGUGUUCUGGCGACUCCGGCGGGCCGCUGAUGUACGAGAGCGGCACCACUUUCGUGGCGGUGGGCGUGGUCAGCUACGGGCCGAUACAGUGCGGCACGGAGCACGUGCCGGCGGUCUACACGUACGUCUACUCGUACCUGGAUUGGCUGAGGGAAAACAUGGAC